ACUGAUAUGAGGCUCACAUGACAGCUACAGCGAGGGCCUAAAUGUAGCCGGAAAGAAAUAGCAAAACCCCAACUUAUCAAAGUUUUGUGAGAGUGGAGUUGAAUCUAAAUUGUGAUAAUUAUACAACAACGCUGACUUGAGAGGUGUAGAUAUGAGCUCAGAGGAGGAGUCAAAGUAUCAGACACCACCCACCUGCGAUCUGCUCAGCCUUCUGCUGAAGAACAGACGUUCCACUGGAGCUGUCAAUGAAGUUUGGCCCAACCUCUUCAUCGGGGAUGCGGCAUCAGCUCAGGAUAAAACCCUGUUAGCCAAUCUUGAAAUAACACAUGUGGUGAAUGCUGCAGAUGGCCGAGGGCACAUUGACACCGGGCCAUGCUUCUACAAAGACACCAACAUAAUGUAUCACGGAAUAGAGGCACCCGACUGCAGAGAUUUUGACUUGAGCCCAUUCUUCACAGAGACAGCUGAUUUCAUUCACACAGCUCUGAGUGGGAAAGGAAAGGUGCUGGUCCACUGUGCUCGAGGAAUCAGCCGCUCAGCCACUUUUGUGUUGGCCUUCCUCAUGAUCAAAGAGAGGCUCACCAUCAUGGAGGCGGCGAAGGCGGUUUGCAAAAGCAGAAACAUCCUUCCCAACGUUGGCUUUCUUCAGCAGCUUUGCUACCUGGACUUAACUUUGUCCCUGCAGAGGAGGAAGCCUUAAUAUGUGGAGGUGGAGAGGUGCAGCAGGAACGCUGGAGAGUUAAAUUGGCUUUCAGCGCGCUGUGGGCUUCAGGGUGUGUGUGGGGUUGUGUUGCAGCCAUUUAAGAAUCAGCUUUAAAAAUAGCGGUAAAAAUAAUCUAGUCACUUAUUAUGCUGUCACUGUGCAGUUUCAUGGCAGCAACAGAGCUGCAGCCGUAAUGCUUUGACAGAAUAAAGGAGGAAAAUGUGGCCACCUAAGGAUUUGUCAUGACUUAACACUUGACAGUUCCUGAAAUCUCCUCCCCAAACGGGACCUUUUUAGAGCUCUGGAAUAUGCUCUGAAAUAAACCAGUUUUGUGUGAAAUCAGCACAUUUCAAAAUAAAAUGUUUUAAAAAAUGAAAUUAAACAAAAGUUCAUAGUGAAUAGGUUUGUUAGCAAAGCUUUUUUUGUCUUAGCUUCGCAGAUGUAAGAUUGAUAUUGUUAUUUCCUGGCUAAUAUUGUUUAUUCUAUAUUCAGUAGGACAGAUUUUAACCCUAAUGCUGUUCUGUUUAUGAUUCUGAUUUAUGCUGACAAACCUGAGACAGAUGCCCCUCUUCAAAUCUGGGAGCAAAGUUUUGCUUUGAACUGGUCAUCUGUACUCAAUUUUAACCCAACAGUAGAUAGGAUAGGCUCCAGCAACCUCUUAGCCCCAAAAGGGAUUUGGUGGAUUCAGAAAAUUGAUGGUUGGAUGGAAGUUUUGCUUAAAAAUUGCAUUUUUUUACCUCCAGAUUUGAAGAUUCCUUUGAUGAAAACAGCAGAGCUGCAACAUAAUGUUCACUGUUUUAAUUCCAUUAUAUGUAAUCAAGCAACAGAUGAGCUUAAAAAAAAACUCCAGAUGAUCCAAUGUACAAAAGUUCCUUAAUUUGGUUUUGUGGAACAAAAUGUGUUACAUUUUUCCUACAAACAUCAUGUUUGAUCCAAAUUUUCAUUUUUCUAUUCCAUUAAAUAUAUUAAAAACUCAGAAUUUCCACCCCUUUAACCACAACUUUGAUAUUUUUUAAGACUUUUCUCACAUUUAGAAUUAUAUUACAAAAACAUAC